AUUUAAUUUGGAACCUUUCGGUUUGGCCGAAAAGAGACGGUUAUUUUUCCGUUGAGCAUUGGGAUUCAAAGACGCGCGCGCCGGCCUGCAGUGGCGGGGAUUCUCUCUACCGGAAAACUGAUUCGCAUCGGAUCGAGCAAUGAGCAGCAGCGAUGGCAGCUCCGGCAAGGAAAAGAAGAAGGAGAAGGCGCGCGUGAGCCGAACGUCAAUGAUUCUGUGGCACGCGCAUCAGGACGACGCGAAAGCAGUGCGGAGGCUUCUGGAGGAGGAUCCGACGCUGGUGCAUGCUCGCGACUAUGAUAACCGGACUCCGCUCCACGUAGCCGCAAUUCAUGGGUGGUCGGAUGUGGCGAGUUGUCUUCUGGAAUACAAGGCGGAUGUUAACGCUCAGGACCGAUGGAAAAAUACCCCUCUAGCUGAUGCAGAGGGUGCAAAAAAGUUUAGCAUGGUAGAGCUGCUGAAGUCACACGGUGGACUCGCUUAUGGUCAAAAUGGAAGUCAUUUUGAACAAAAGCCUCUUCCACCCCCUCUACCGAACAAGUGUGACUGGGAGAUUGACCCCGAUGAGUUGGACUUUACAAAUGCAAGUAUUAUAGGGAAGGGGUCUUUUGGUGAGAUACUUAAAGCUACUUGGCGGGGAACGCCUGUCGCCAUAAAACGCAUCCUUCCAAACCUUUCGGAUGAUAAAUUGGUGAUUCAGGACUUCAGGCAUGAGGUAAAUUUGCUAGUGAAGCUUCGCCAUCCAAAUGUUGUCCAAUUUCUUGGAGCAGUCACUGACAAGAAACCCUUAAUGCUAAUUACCGAGUACUUGAGAGGGGGCGAUUUGCAUCAACAUCUGAAGGAAAAAGGGUCUCUCCAUUCUGCGACUGCAAUAAAUUUUGCAUUAGACAUUGCCAGGGGCAUGGCUUAUCUCCACAGUGAACCGAAUGUUAUAGUACACCGGGAUCUUAAACCAAGGAAUAUUCUUCUUGUCAAUGCAACUGCAGACCAUUUGAAAGUAGGAGAUUUUGGUUUAAGUAAGCUUAUCCGGGUACAACAUUCUCACGAAGUGUACAAAAUGACGGGCGAGACUGGAAGCUACCGUUACAUGGCGCCUGAGGUCUUCAAGCACCGGAAGUAUGACAAGAAGGUUGACGUAUACUCAUUCGCAAUGAUACUAUACGAGAUGCUUGAAGGCGAUCAACCACUGUCUGCUUACGAACCGUAUGAAGCAGCUCGGCUGUUGGCUGAAGGACAGAGGCCGGCAUUUAGAGCGAGAGGCGUAAGUCAUGAUCUGAGAGAGUUGAUUGAGCAGUGCUGGGCUGCCGACAUGAACAACCGGCCGUCGUUCUUGGAUAUUUUGAAAAGGCUUGAAAGAAUGAGGGGAGACACAUCCUCGUCCUCCUCCGAUCACCACCACCAUCACCACCAUUGGAACCUUUUUACAUAACCUCAAACCUGAGGGGAAAGGUAUGUGAGUGAGUCACUGCAUUGUUUAUUCAUUUGCAUCUAUCUAUAUGUUAGGUUGUAAUUUUGAUACCAGGGUAGAUAUGAUUUGUGUGUGAAUAUAUAUAUAUAGGAAUCAACUCUUUAUUUAGAUUUCAUUAUGUCAAUUUUAAU